AUGUCGAUCUUGGCCUGUUGGUCACGUUUUACGACCUGGCGAAGCCCCACAGGUCAACCCAACGACAACGGUCCUUCCAGUACUGUUGGACACCAAUCACCUAGUGAAGAAGAGCAGCCAGUUGUGAAUCCUACUUUUGAGGAACGCCUUGAAGGACAAUACCUGUUCGAAGCCACUCAACUGUUGAUAGACAGGGAGAAACAUCUGUUUGGAGAGAUAACCGAGGCUGAUGCACUUAAAGCUCAUGAGGAAGCAGUAAAAAAGCUUGCUGCAGACUACGAAGCAAUUGAAAAACGUAUAGAGCAGACCGUGCAGCAGAGUCUUUCUCUCAGCAGUGAGGAAGCGGUGUCUGCUUUGAUAUCUGCAGUGAAAGCCAUCAACCUUGAGGAAGAGCAGGACCAGCUGUGGAGACAAAAAUGCCGGACGCCACCAGCCUGGAGGCCCAAGAAGUGGAAGGAGCACCAUGACAAAGUGCUUCAUGAAUUAGUGUAUAGUCGUUUGGAGAGGCCAUCGAGCCCCACUGGUGGCCAGGUGAACCAGUCCUCGAUCCAGACAGACAUUCAGUCCAUGGGCAGGCAGCUGAAGGAGGACAUGGAGUGGGUGGUGGAGGUGGUGAAGAACUGCUACCCACCAGAGAUGGACAUCUGUAACUUUUAUGCAAGACUGUACCAUCAAACUUUGAGCGUAAGACUCAAAAAGAUUGCAGACUUUGUUCUGGAUGACAAGGACUGCAGUUUCCUCCUGCGAUGGGUGAAGGAGUUUUAUCCAGGAAUCCUUGAAAAACCUUGUCUGGCCAGUAAUAUCAAUGCUAAAGCGCUGGGAAACCUGCUUCCUUACAAGUUACUGAAACCUCUGGAGGAGCAGUACCUCAGCAAACAACAGAGCGACCUGAUGAUUUUUAUUGGCCGAGUAUUGGAUGAAGCAAAGAAAGAGUGGGAUCAAGGAAAGGAGCCGACAAGAGAUGAUGGUUGCUACACCAGUCCUGUGGCCUAUGAUGUCAUCCAGUUGAUCAACGGCAUCGUGACAUCAACACAUAUAACUCUAAGAGACCAGCACAAGGCCCAGAAAAUAACAUCCAACCUGACAGACUUCAUGCAGAGGUAUAAAGCGUUUCAUGAAGACAUCAUAAGGCAGAACAAACCGCACAGCAAAGUUUUCAUAAAGGCAAACCUCAGCUGUGUCAAACAGUUCAGGGACUUCCUUAUCAUGGAGAGCCAUCUAUUCUCAAAGAAUGUGCGGGAAAACUGUUUGAGGGUCCUGUCUGAGAUGAAACAGUCUGCCCACACUUAUUUAUUAACCCCUGUGCACAAGAUCCUCAAGCCACACUACAAGAAGGUGGGAACCAGUGACUGGCUGAAGAAGAACACAUUUGAGAAGCUGCUGUGUAGCACUGAAGAAGAGCUUCAAGAACUUCGGGGUUUGACUCAAUCCUGUCAUCAGGAGCUGAUUGGUCAGCUUCAGCAGGAAAUGACAGUAGAAUAUGUCCGGAGGCUCCUGAAAGGAGAGGUGAAACUGAAGGACAAGGAUCGUCAGCAGAAGGCUUACAUGACUGUGAAAGAAAAUGCAGAGAAACUGCACGAGCUGUUUGCCAGAAUGGGAUCCAAACAAGACUGGUUAAAGGAAAUCCUGACCAAGAUUGCAGAAGUGCUAAAACUCCAAGAUAUUCCCGCCAUACAGACGCAAAUCGUUUCACUGGGAUCUGCUUAUCCCGGCCUCAGUAAAAAACAUGUUUCGGCUCUGCUCAAACUCAAGACAAACCUCUCCAAAGCCGACAGGAAAAUCGUCAAAACCACUCUGUCGGACACACUGAAAGAGAGCCGUGCUGAUCCUGGAACCCGGAAGUUUUUCUCCAAAGUUUAA